ACCUUCUCGUUCGGCAGCUGGAAAUUUUCCCAGAAAUCGUGUAAUUACCGUCUUUGGACUGAUCUAAAUGAGUGACACCACUUUGCACGUGUACAGAGGAGAAUGGGGACUCGCGUCUGUCGAUCUGGAGUGUCUCCAAGUUCUGACUCUAAUGAAGUUCCUGGACGUCCCAGCGGAGAUCAACACCAGAGGCAGCACAUUCUUCUCCCCCACCGGCUUUCUGCCCUACAUCAGCGAUGGUGGGCAGAAGAUUAACAGCUACAAGAAGAUAUCGAAGCACUUCCUGGGGAAGGGAUUGGAUGUAAACAAGGACUUGAAAGAGGAGGACAGGAGUCUCUCGAGCGCCUAUAUCCAGCACGCCAAGAGUAAACUGCACAGCUACUUAGUCUACACGAUGUGGGGCACAACGGAGAGUGCGGAGGCCACGAGAUUCCUCUAUGCGAAGCGGAGUCCCUUCCCGCUGAGCUUCUUCAAGCCAGGACAAUAUCUGAAGCUGGCGGAGAAGUACCUGCAGGUGCAGUGUGGCUUCUCCAUCAAGAGCGGCAUUCCGCCAGAAGAGCACCUCACGCGAGCGCUCAUUGUCGACGCGAAGAAGUUCGUCAAUGAGAUUUCUGCCCAGCUCAGCGACCGGAAGUGGUUCUUUGGGGCUUCCCCGUCGGAAUUCGAUGUCAUCCUGUACAGCUACUUGGCUCUCCUGCUGCACUAUCCACAGAACUUCAAUCCCUUGGCAGGACACAUCAGAGAGUGCAGGAAUCUCGUGGAUUUCGUGACGAGAAUCACGAAGACGUACUUUGAGGGACUGACUUUUGACAGUGGCGUGAAGAUUUCCGCCGCCAGCGGAUCACAGGGCCACAAAUCCAAGGCAAAGGCACCAGGAGAGGAGGAGGAGAGCAACCUGAAGCUUCAGAUCAUCGCCGGACUCGUGGCUCUGGUCUCAAUGAUCGCCUUCUCGCUCUCGGUGGGCAUCGUCGAGAUUUCCCGGGAGUCGAUCCCGCACGAAUCAAUGGACUUCGACGAUGAGGACGAGGACGAGGACGAAGGAGAGUAAAAGAGACUCUAGUUCAUUG